AUGGAACCGGAACGAAAAAUUGAGUUUGAUAAAGCUGAAAGGUUAGCAAAAAGAUUGGGCGUUUCACUUUUUGAGGUUAGUGCAAAAACGGGAAUUAAUUGUGAAGAUGCCUUUGUGGAGUUAGCUACGGUUAUGCGAGACCGACUUUUGGCUUCAGGUCUUUUUACUUACUAUAAUGCAUUGAUCCCUAAAAGGCUUCAUGAGAAUUCGGAUUGGGAUGUAUUUGACCUACUUUUUAUUAAGGGAGUUAAACUUCUUAUGGAGUCAAAUUCUGACUCUGACGACUCUGACCGUUUAUCAACUGCCUUUCACAUCGAUGGUGCCAUAUCACAUGAAAAAAUGAGUAGUCGUUUAAUUGGUGUUGUCCCUAACUGUUGUUCAGGUGAAAGUACUCCAAGAGCUACUUUUGUUUAA